GUUUCUUCAUUUAACUUUGUAACAUAAUAUAAGAUUACUAUUUUGGUCGGCGUCGAGAAACUUUCGUUGCAAAGCACUUACGCUUAUAUCGCACAUUCUCUUCGAGAAUUACAGGUCGGUGGACAUGCGGCUGUUUUACAUGUCGGUUGUUUUGUGGCUGCUGUCUGCAUGUCGUGUGAUCAGAUCGACCUGUCACGAGCUUUUGUUUCAAGAAGAUGCUGAAUUCUGCAAGGGAGGAUUAAAGGUGAUUUACCCAGAUCUGAUUAUUGAUAAAUGCUUGAUAGUCCCUCAGAAGGUCAGAGAGAAGAUCAGUAAGGAGUGGGGACCACCACAAGUUCAACUGCCAGGUGUUAAAGAGGAGAGGAAAUACACUCUAAUAAUGGUGGACCCAGAUGCUCCUAGUCGUAAGAAACCCUCUCGUGCAUACUGGAGACACUGGCUACUGGUUGGCAUUCAGGGGAAGAACUUUAUGAAUGGAGAUGUCAGAGGCAUUGAACUUUCUGCAUACACUCGGCCCACACCGCCUAAAGACACUGGACUCCACCGCUACCAGUUUAUUGUGUUCGAGCAACCUGAUGACAAGACUCCGUCUCUCAGCCCGCAGGAGAAGAGCUCACUGGGGAACUGGGAUCCACAGGCAUUUGUUCAGAGGUUUGGUCUGACUGGCCCAGUGGCUUCCCUCCAGUUCCUCACCCAAAACCACAAGGACUAGAGGAUACCUCCAAACUGCCUUCACCAAACCUUCACCUCUGGCCUUUAUGGCUUUGAUGUAGUACUUAAUUCACUGCAUUUAUGAGAAAAUGAAACUAGUAAUGAAGUCAUGUGGUUUUUCCUCUUUAUUUCUGAACUGCCUGUGGGUUGUGUUUCGAUGCAAUAAAUCUCACUUUUUUGAUCUUAAAUAAACCAUGCCACAUAUCAAACUUUGAACAGGUUUUUUUUUCAUUUGUCGUGGGACAUUAUCCUUAAAGAACACAUGCAAUGCCAUCUUUUCUCAAAACAAGGUACCUUAAGACAAAGUAGUCAAACCACGUGUACACACACCACUGUGGCUGGUCAUCGCAUAUUCUACCAUAGCCUGCCUGUUUUUCCUAGAACGGACUUUUGCCUUUCUUACAUAAUCCACCUCUCACUUACAAACCGCUGUAAUGUUGCAUUCCUGGUUUUUUGGCAGUAAGAGCAGGCCUGGACUACCAGACAGUAAUGCUCCAUGUGUUCUCUGUUCUGCCCUGAAGUCAGAUGCACUGAAGGCUUUUAGCUGCGCACAAUGAUUUAAUCCCGGGUCGCAUGUGAAGAGAUGAACAAAUAGAAAUAUGCAUAGACCGAAAAAGCACCAAGAAGGUGGCUUCUGUGUUGUCACACAUCAGAGAGAGCGCGUGGAAAGAGUCAGACUACAGACAGGAAGUACGUCAGUGCCAAUAGAGGAAGUAAAGGGGUUGGGGGGUGGUUGAGGCCGCAAUUCACCCGGAAGCCGCAGUGGAACUACGACCAAAAUACCCGCGUGUUACUUCAGACCAGACAGGAGGGGCAUGGGUUCAAGACGGCCUCUUUUUUUUCGUUUGCGGUUACAUGCAUGUGUUCUCUCGUGGCUUGCAUGAACAUUUUCUUUGUAAAUUAACCUCCCGGUGAGUUUCAAUCAAGCAGGUUUGGUCUUGCCUGAGUAAAAGUUAUGUUUAUAUUGGGUUGACGAUUUACAUAGAGGGCUAUUUCUGAGCAGGCUUUAUAAUUUUAGAAUUAAAAUCAAGGACAGAAGAUGAUGUAGUUUCAAUAAAUAUUAAAAAGUAGGGAUGCACAAAUACCAGUAUCGGUAUCGGGCCCGAUACUAAGCUCAUGUACUCGUAAAAAUGCACCGAUACUAAAGACCGAUGCCUCGUGUGACAACUGACAGAAAUCUGUUGUGAAAUUUGAUUUGAAAGUUUGUGAAAAGAACAUAAUAAAAUUAUUUCUUUUUUCAUAAUGUGUUUAAGGUAAUAAACCUUUGGCUUUUUUGUGUAUUCUAUCCUCGACAGUUUUUCUAAAUGUGUAUGAAUUGGUCUUUUGGGCUUGAUUGUACUUGUUUUCAUUUUUAUUGUCAAAUAAAUCAAAUCAAAUAAAAAAAGGUGGAGUUGUUUGUAACUAUGAAGCUAUUAUAUUUUUAUUAGUCUCACUGGGUUUUGAAAAGGUACAGGCAUCAGUAUCGAAGAGUACCAGAAAAAAAAUAUCGAUACUCGUACUCGGCCUUUAAAA